UCUUAUGUUUUGCAACACUUAGAUCUCAAUCAAAAAGCGGAUUUAACUUUAAAAGGUGUGGUGGGUACUAUCAUUAAAGACUAUUUUCUGCGACUAACACAAUCACAACGACAAUUAUUCGAAGCUUCGCCGUUUGGAAUAUUCUUAGGAAUGCAUAUCCCACAUGGUGAUCCGUUACUUGUGCAUUUGAUGAUGUUGCACGAAGUAAGGUCUCAAGAAGUAUUUGAAAUGGGGAGGUUUUUUUUUAUGUACAAGGGACGCAUUUGGAUUUUGGUGAAACGGAAUAUAUUCUCAUUUGUGGUUUAAAAGUUGGUCCUUAUGUGGAUUUACUCCACGAUGAAAAAGGCCGGUCAAAUUCAAGUCUUUGUGCUCGGUUGUUCCCAGACAUUUCUGAUGCGCGUAUGCGGUUGAAAGAUUUGGAAGACUUCAUUAUGUCUCCAAAAUAUUUGGCAGUUCAAGAUGAAGAUGUUGUGAUGCUUAUCCAGCUUGUUUUUGUGUUGAAGGGACUCCACGGACUGGACGUUAAAACGUGCAUUCCCGCUGCAAUAUACAAGUUUGCUGAUAAUAGAGAUGAUUGGAACAUGUUUGCAUGGGGUACGUAUUUUUGGAGGUAUACUUCGCGGAUGAUGCGUGAAAUGUUUAAGAAAAUAGUAGAAUUUAGACAAUUCAAGGAGGCCAAUCCCGAAUCCAAGAAAAUACACAAGUAUACCGUUCCUGGUUUUAUGCUGCCGUUUAAGAUCUGGAUUUUGGAGACGUUCCCCGAGGCAACCAAAUUUUAUGUACGCAUCCCGACAGAAUUGCCGCGGAUGAGGUCGUGGAGAAGUAAAACACCGUUAUCUUGGGAUAACUGUCGUCGAAUAAUCAACGUGCUUGUGCCUAACAACGAACCUAUUCCAGUCGUGGCAAACGGGACGGAGCUGAUGUUGCCGUUUUAUGUUCGCUACGUCAAUUGGACUCUUAACCAUGAAGAGUCUCCUCCACCGCAACAUAGUCCGGUCCGAAAUAGUCCACCUGUUGUUGCCUCGCCUCCUCGAAGAACUAUGUACAAGUCGGAUACAUGUUCGACUGAAUCUGCCACAAAUGCUUCUUCCUCGCAACAUCCUGAAAUAGAAACAACUUAUACGUCAAGCGACACAUCAACGAGGGUCGUAAAGAAGAAGAAGAGUAGCACAAAGGCAUUAGUGAAGCGUCUACUAGGCGUUGUGGCUGAGGAAAAAGAUGAGCCAAACAAAAAGGUUUGUAGAGGAGGAGGAGGAGAUGAUAAAUGAAGAGGAUGAAGAACCAUAUUACCAUGAUACACAGUUCGACUAUGGUGGUUUGGAGGAGAAUGUGAAGCCUACACCGACGCAUGGUGAGCCGUCACAAGACGUGGGUGAACAUUACACAAAAAUAGUGACUCCUAUUGGUAGGCCGCAACGAAAGAGGGUUGUUGCAUGGUAUCAGCGGACUCCGUUCACAGUGAUGCAAUCGACAGCAAAAUUGAAGAAAAUCAGCAAGACAAGGAAGAAAAAAAUAGAGGAGAGUCCUAAAAAAACAAAUGAGGACAUUGUCAAUGCAGAGAGUAGUGACGUUUCAAACCAUCUCUUGUUGGACAGUAUUUAUACUAAUAGUCCGAUGAGUUUUUGGAAAGAAUGGAGUGUGCUCUCUUCCAAACUCAUCACUAAACAUAGGCUGCAUAUUCUCCCACUAGAUAUGGAUUUUUGGUCGAGGUUACUUUCUGUUACUGACAAAGGGUGGUUACUUUCUUCGGUUCUAUUCGUAAUAAAUGUUAUUAGUGCCCAUUGGUUUAUGGCAGUGCUACAUUUAGAUACCUGGAAAGUAGAAAUUUAUGAUUCAGCACGAAUUGCGGGUUACUUCUCAAAGUACUUAACUGGUGGAGAAUUCACAAGUUUUGGAGAUAGUAUUAUCUCAGAGUUAGAUGUCAUUGAGUACUGGAACCAUUUCCCCGUUGGACACAAAGACAAAGCAAAGCUGGAGUUUGUUGAUGUUGUAGACGUGCCACAACAAGAAUAUAGUCUUGACAGAGGGGAUUGUAGAGUAUUUGUAUGCAUGUUUAUGGAAAUGAUUGUUUCGGGGGUACCAGUGAAGAUUUCUACGGCACGUAGAGAUGCGGGAUUUCUCUACAUAAAUAAGAUGACAAAUGUUAUUUGGGAUACUAUAUAG